UAUAGGAUGAGUGUGGAAGUGUUGGACGGUGCUACCAUAGUUGACUUCGUCGAAGAAGAAGAAGCAUUCAACGUCUCGAUACGAGACCGGUUUGCUCGCCUGGAUGCCGACCAUGACGGGCUGCUUUCUUUAGCGGAGUUGUUGAAGGAAUUACAGAGCUUGAGGGUGAUCGAGACUCACUUCGGCGUCGACGUUGAAACGGACCCGAGGGAGCUGGCUCGCGUUCACGAGUUGCUGUUCGUGCAGUUCGAUCAUGACUCAAACGGGAAGGUGGAUUUGGAGGAGUUCAAGUCCGAGACGAAGCGGAUGAUGCUUGCUAUAGCGAGCGGGAUGGGGUUCCUGCCGGUUCAAAUGGUGUUGGAAGAAGGCGGCCUCUUGAAGAUCGCCGUGGAACGUGAAUCCACCAAACUUGCUGCUUGAAUCCUUCAUUUCUUUCAAGACU